AUGGCCCUUCCCCCUCCCUUGCGAAUAUCUGUCACACCCGCCGAGCUUGAACUCAUUGCAUCUGAACAGCUGGUCGAGAUUGUGCCUCUCGUUGCAAUGGAACGUACCGCAUUCAUCUCUGGCGCGUACGGUCCUCUCCGCCCACCAACAAAAUGCAAAGUGCCGAUCUGGAUGGCCACAAAUCUCAAGCUGAAAAAGAAGUGCCACAUCGUCCCGCCGGAUUGGCUCAACGUAGAAUUUCUACAGGAACGACUGAACAGAGAAACUAGCGUGCCUGAAUUCAGCGAGUUGCCUUUUCGUUUUGCUGAGAUCGCCAAAGUCCUGCUGGAUGUUGCAUCCGACGAUGUAUCUAACCCAGACAAAAUUCGCUCACUGCUGCAGGACAUCCGCGAAGCGCGACAGGCCAAGAGCAGGGAUGGUCUAUCCGUCCUCGACCACAGCGAACUCAGCCUUCCAAAUCUGUCCUCCAUGGAAAUCAACGAGAUCCGACCGUUCUUCAUCCGCUCGAUGGGUAUCUUAACAAAGCUCGUGCGAGAACCGAACCCACAGCAAAUGAAUCAACUCGAGUAA